AAACGGACGGUGGUUAUUACCCGGGAAACUUCACUACGCCAACUGGCAUUCCACCGAAUUGUCAGUACAUGGAAUUUGUGCGCCGCUACUCCUAUUGCGCCGUAGCUUUCUAUGCCGACUUAGAAGGAAGAGGAGUCACCAUAACCAACAAGGAUGUAUGCAAUUACGUGAAUGAGUUCUUGGAGUGUGAACGAGUAGCCUUGGCUGAUACUGGAUGUCAGUCAGCGUCAAGUGCGUUGCUUGCGGACGUCCAUUACUUCACGGAUGUCCUGUUGAAGAAGUAUCAACACACAUGCCAGCUGACUACCCGGUUUUCACGACCAUCAAGGACACCGAAAACGAUUGCCCCAGUUCCUGGGCAACGUCCAACUCCGGGCCCACAUGACUGUCAGCAGAAAGAACUGCUGCGAAGGUUCUUUGCUUGUGGGAUUGCAUUGCAAGCAAGCAUUGAAAUGGCGGAUGACCCAUGCAAGUGCAUCAGUGAGUACGAGAAGUGCUACUCACGGGCCAAGAAUGACUUGAAGUGCUGGAACGACAAUAUGGGGGCGAACUUUACAAAGUAUAUGCUCGAGCUUACAGAGGCUACCAAGAAGAUGUACCAAGUCAACUGCCCGAAGCGAUUUCAUGCCGGCACCGCUCUCGGCAAAUGCGAUGCUACUGAAGCAAUGCGCAGGUUUUUCCUGUGUGACUUGUCCUACUUCCGACUAGUCGAAAACGCCGUAAGGGUGGGCGGUAAAGCACUCGAAAACAUUUGCAGGCACGUACUCGACGUGAACGACUGUCUAGCGAAGCUGGAGUAUCAGACGGGCUGCACGAAGUCCGCUCUGCAUCAGCAUGCGGCCUCUCUCCUGGGAAAGAUAACAUCACCGUUUUCAGGGAAAUGUGGCGAGCCAAAACUGGCCUUGGAGGCCAGUGCGCAGAUUGCCAUGCAAAGAGACAAGUGCGAUGAGUCUGCUGUUCUGAAGAAGGCCCUCGUGUGUGCUAUCGGUUUCCAAAACUUUAUGGAUCAAAAAGUGUCACGCCGCAGACCUACUAAGGAAGAGGUGUGCCCGUUUAUCAAGGAUUUUGAGAACUGUAUCGACAACGCCAGUCAAGGGAGCACGUGCAAAACUGACAUGUCCCUGAGUGCGCAGCUGGUGACCUACAAGAGGCUUUUAGAGGAAGAGUACGGAGUCGACUGCCGCACGAAAGGGGAGAUGAGCCCGCGGUUUUCCGCCGGAAGCGAGUCGGCAGACUACUUUUACGAUGACCUGCGCAAGCGGGAGCAGAAGUCGCAGCGAAACCACCGUGAACGGCUGCCCGCGUCCUCCGGCAGAAAGGGUGAUUCAGAUUCUUACGACUACGGGGACAGUAGACGACGUCGUGGCGCCGGACGCAAAGCGGCACCGAACAGAAACGACGCGUACAAGGGCCGCGAGGACUACGACUACUACAACGAUCCAGCAAAGGCGAUGCCGACUCCUCCGUUACCACCCCCGAAUGUGGAAUACGAAGACGAGGAUGCUAAGGAGUACUACGACUUCAAGCCAGACGCGAAGCGUGGCGACUCUGGCGGAGACGGCGGGCGCGGGAGCCGGAGGAGGUUGCGAAGGGGCGGCGACGACGGGGAUGACGAGCUACCGCCACGAAAGCCCGCGGACAACGGGGAGCGUCGCUCGAAAGCGAGGAAGAACGAAGCUCCGCAGGAGACGGCGAAGGAGGGCCAUGCGUACCCAGACGACGAAGGCCCCAUUCGACCGGGCAGCUCGUAUGAGUACGGCUUUGAAGAAGGUUUCAGCAAAAAAAAGCUCAAGACAAACGGCCGCAGUGAGGACGCCAGCUUCUUUGAGGACGACCAGGACAGUGAACAGGUCGAGAGAGCUCCGCGUCGGCGCAACCGUAGGCAGGAUGCUCCCGUUAUGGGCGACCCUUUGGACGACGAGGAGGAAGCCUCGGACGAAGAGCGCGUCAACGACGGCGUUCAAGACGGCGAGCCGGUCCGUGCGAACCGGCGCGCUGCGGUUGAAGACGAAGAUGACGAAGAUGAUCCGUUCUUCCGGGGAAAGCUGGCGCGCGCCAAGCAGGAGAAGUUCCAGAGAAGCCGCUACAUGCAGAUGGAAGACGAUGGCUACGAAGACGCUCAGCGUCGGAAGAAUCAGAGCGUGUGCAAUGUACACAUGUACCACAUCGACAUGAAGCGAUGUGACCGAGGUAUCAUGGAUGAAGUGGCGUCACUGUACAACGUGACCGUACGCCUCUCGCGCAGCGUGUCCAAAGCUGCCAAGUCUAGUGCAUGCAUUGCCAUUCGAGAAUUCGAAUCCUGCAUACAACAAGCUCAGGUCAGGCACCACUGCAUGGUAUUCGACGAGACGCACAACAUUUCUCUCAUGCGAAAUCUGCUGGCGAGAGCAUUUGACGUAAACUGUUCCGAAACUGCGCCAGUGCCUAUGAAACAACUGUACGCAGGUGCACAAAGAGGAUGCAACAACACCAUGCUAGCUCGGCUGUACUCCUACUGCGCCGUUGGAUUCUAUGCAGAAGUGGAAGGACAGCAGAUUGACAAAAUGGACAAAGCCGUGUGCCACUUUGUUCAUGAGUUCAUGAAUUGUACAAAGGACGCCUAUCAUGACUCCCUUUGCGACCAUACGGACCUGCCAAUCAAGCCAACCACCAGCUUUUUCGACAGUGUGCUGUUGACCAAAUAUGCACGCUUGUGCGGGAUCGAGCACGAACUUGUGCGGCCCACAAAACCCCCGCACUUGACAAUGUCCGUGACAACCCCAAUGAUCGAUAAAUGCGGCCAGCCGGGUCAUAUCGGCGGACCGGGCGGCCCCGGUGGACCAGGCGGCCCCGGCGGCCCAGGCGGCCCCUGCGGGCCCGGUGGCCCUAAUCCGGCAGUUUGCCAGCCCCCAGGUCAGCCCGGUGGUCCGAAUGGACCCGGUGGUCCUGGGGGUCCCGGAGGUCCUGGGGGGCCCGGAGGUCCUGGGGGGCCCGGUGGUCCUGGAGGACCGAAGGGGACAGAUGGUAGAGAAGCCCCGCCACCAGGACACCCAGGUGGUCCCGGUGGUCCAGGAGGUCCAGGUGGUCCCGGUGGCAUUGGUGGUCCAGGAGGUCCCAACGGCCCGAAUGGACCCAAGCCAGGAGAACCUGGAGGAUUGGGAGGACCUGGAGGACCCGGUGGACCAGGCGGUCCUGGAGGACCCGGUGGUAUCGGUGGGCCAGAAUGUGUAUGUAGCACAGCAACACCACGGACAAGCCCAACUACGACGACCUCGACUACAACGCCACCGCCCCACCUAACCCCCAUAACCAAGGGACCACCACCGACGGAGUCGUCGACAACAACAAGUACCGAAAGCGCAACGUACAGCGUUUCGAGCACCACUGAAUCAGAGUACCCUUCCACAACGACACUUGGCUCCACCAUGGAGACAACGUGUCUUGUUAUCAAUACGUCUUUCCAGUACCCCGAUAUGUGCGACAGAAAGGAGCUGCUGCGGCGCUUCUUCACUUGCGGCAUCACAUUCCAGACCAACCUGGAGCUGCAGAAACCCGAGUGCAAGUGCUACUACGACUACAAGAAGUGCUUUGAGGAUGCACGAAGGGAGCUCAAAUGCCACACUACUGACCAAACUAAGGACCCACUCGUCAUCACCGUGAACAUUCUGUCCGAACUAAUGAUCAACAUCUACAGUGUCAAAUGCAUUCCGGCAAUGAGUCCCUUAAAUUUCGAGGAAUGUAAUCAAGCAUUAGCACUGAAGAAAAUCAUGAUGUGUUGUGUCACGUACUUCUCCCUCUCUGAUGAACACACGAAGUCGGUAUGGUCUGGAGCAGCGGACACUUGCAGCUAUGCGCAGGACGUGCAGAGGUGUAUUGCCAUUGCUGAACACAAGACCAAAUGCGUCAACCACAAGAUCUUUGCCCAUGCUCGGGAGUUCGUCAGGCACGCAACGAGCGACAAGCAUCAUAAAUGUCGACUGAACAUUUCCUCCGUGAGCAUCCAAGCGCUCGGCCCUCACAUGAAGACGAAGUGUCGGCACACAGCCGUGAUGAAACGAGCCCUCACCUGUGCCCUUCAGUUCCAGAAUACCCUCGACGGCUACGUUAAAAACCAGCCGCCUAAGUCACUUGCUUGCGGAUACGUCACACGACUACAGGAGUGUCUGACGUCCUCAUUUGAAGGCACCGACUGCAUCGGGGAGUCGAGCGUCAACGCCCAACUCAGGGGCUACAAGCGCAUAUUGCAGGAUGCGUACAGCCUAAACUGCGAGGAAUCUGGUCACAGUAAUCUAAACAGAGGAGAGCGAGUGCGGAAGAGAGGCGAGGCCAGGAUGUCGAGAAACAAGGUGGCUUCCCCCAGAAUCGGCAAGCACUUGAAGCAGAACGUGCUGAGACGCUACCUGAACAGAAACACGCACAUGUCCAAGCAGACCGGUGGUCGAGGAAGCUACGACGAAGACGACGAUUACGAGCUCAUUUCUAAAAGGCAGAAACCAGUGUUCAUGAGCCCAGCUGGCAAGUUGAUGGAAGAACCAGACGGCUUCCGUGACGACGACAGCUAUGAAUUGCUGCGGUCUGACGGCUACCAGUACCAUGACUUGAACAGGAAGAACCAGCGGGAGCUAGAGGACUACGAAGAUUUCGCGGACCUAGAGCCAGACAUUAGGCCGCGCACAGGCCACCGGCGCCAUCGCCGGCACAGGAAACUGCGCGCCAGGGAUGGCAAGGCCAGGAAACUUGUGGCCGACCCACUCAUGGUGGGCAAGACGAGGCAUGCUAAGCGCGACAAGCGACGAAAGCUUGCCUAUGAGGACGAGUACUUCUUUGACAACGAGCCUGACGACGAGUCUGUGAUAUCGGGCCUCCCCGACAACAUGGCUAUGUUCCAACACAUCAAGCACAGGCCUGAGCUGAACGUGGAACGACUGCUUAACAGAAACGCCAGCGCCAACUCCUCCGUGACGACCAACAUGGCUGGUCAAAAAGAAUCAGCCUGCAACAGUGCUGAUCUGCAAAGUGAGGUGAACAAGUGCAAUGUCACAUUAACAAAGCUGGUGUCCUUGUGGCCUCAGUCUUUGACAAAGCAGAACGACCUAAUCUCAAGCAAACAAGCGUACGACGCAACCAUCUGCAGUGACGUGAGAAGCUACAACGCCUGCCUGACGUUUGCCAUGCAAGCGACUGGGUGCGGCGAACAUCUUCCCACGCUCAAGGCAAUCAUAAAAGAGCAACAGCACCGGUUCGGUCUGGGCUUCUGCACGGCCGGCAACCAGCGCAGCCAUCCCUUAGUACUACUUGUGUUAUUCCUCACAUUCUUGACGUUGCUCCACAAAAGCCGGCAACUGCACUUGUAGAAUAAAGUUGUAACCUAGCCAUGGUCCUGUAUUACCAGCUUCCGCUUGAAUUACUAUAUAUACACGCCAGACUGCAUUCCGACAUAUAAGUG